CCCGGCCCCGCCCCGGGGCGGAGCGGCGACAUGGCGGCGGUGGCGGCGGCGGUGGCGGCCGCGCUGGGUGCGCUGCUGCUGGCGCCCGGGCUCCCGCAGCCUCACCGGGAGCGCCCUCCGCAGGGGAGCGGGCAGGAGCAGCAGCCGGGGCCGGCGCGGCGAUCCCCGGUCCGCAUGGACCAGGCCCUGCUGCUCGUCCACAACGAGCUGCCCGGGCCGGGCCUCUGGCUGGCCGCCCGCUCCGGCGCCUGCCACCAGUGCUUGUACCAGUUCCUGGCGUUCGUCCCACCGAGCAAUGGGAGCGAGAGGAAGCCAGGCACGGCCACACUGAUGCUGGACACCCAGCACCCGCUCACCCUGCUGCUCAACGGCUCCGUGGCUGACGGAGAGCUCUGCAAGAUUCAGUAUCAUUUUGGAGAGUUUGGCAAUUAUUCCCUUGUGGUAAAGACCCUAAAUACAAGCACGAAAAGUGUUUCUUGUGUCCUAGUCAUCAAUGAAGGCCCUAUCAACAGCUACCUCCCUAUUCUCUUUGCUUUCCUGGUUUACAUGGGGAUCCUUGCCGUCCUGAUUGUCGGGCGCCUUUUCAUGAAAAUCGAUCCAGUCAGAAACUGGGUUUACAAGAAACUGAACCCCAGAGAAACUGAUCGCCUCAUUAAUUCUGAGCCUGGGUCCCCGAACGCAGCGGACCCCGGUAGCGGCGACCCCGCCCCACAGCUGUGGAGCUCAGCCCCUCGGCAGCGCCUGCGUUCCCUGGACACCUUCCGAGGGCUCUCUCUUAUAAUUAUGGUGUUCGUUAACUAUGGAGGAGGAAAAUACUGGUUCUUCAAACAUGAGAGUUGGAAUGGAUUAACGGUGGCAGAUCUGGUUUUUCCAUGGUUCGUGUUCAUCAUGGGGACGUCGAUAUCGCUGUCACUGAGCUCCAUGCUGAGGCAGGGAAGUUCCAAGUGGAAGGUGCUCGGGAAAAUCCUCUGGAGGAGUUUUCUGCUCAUCCUGUUGGGAAUCAUAGUUGUGAAUCCCAAUUACUGUCUUGGACCCCUGUCCUGGGAGAACCUGCGCAUUCCUGGCGUGCUCCAGAGGCUGGGACUCGCCUACCUGGUGGUUGCUGCUCUCGAACUCCUGUUUACAAGAGCUGGGGCCGACAGUGGGACCUUGGAGACUCCGUGUCCUGCUCUGCGGGAUAUUCUCCCGUACUGGCCGCAGUGGGUUUUCGUUCUGAUGUUAGAAGUGCUUUGGCUCUGCCUGACCUUUUUGUUACCAGUGCCAGGUUGUCCCAGGGGCUAUCUCGGUCCUGGAGGCAUUGGAGACUUCGGAAACUAUGCCAACUGCACUGGAGGAGCGGCUGGUUACAUCGAUCGUUUGCUUCUUGGGGAUAAACAUAUCUAUCAGCAUCCCUCUUCAAAUGUGAUUUACCAGACGACGAUGCCAUAUGAUCCUGAAGGGAUCCUGGGGACCAUAAAUACCAUUUUUAUGGCAUUUCUGGGACUGCAGGCAGGAAAAAUUAUCUUGUUCUACAAAGACCAGCACAAACGAAUUAUGAGUCGCUUCUUCAUAUGGACCAUAGUAAUGGGAAUCAUCUCUGCUAUCUUGACAAAAUGUUCUAAAGAAGAAGGGUUUAUUCCCAUAAACAAGAACUUAUGGUCAGUAUCGUACGUGACAACCACGAGCAGCUUCGCCUUCGUCCUCUUAUUGCUCAUCUAUUACCUUGUGGAUGUCAAGAGGCUGUGGUCAGGUGCUCCAUUUUUCUACCCAGAAAGACGUGAGACUGAGGCCUCAUUCGUAAUUGCAAAGAACUGAUUUGAGAGCUUAGUGCAAGGAGACUCCAUCUCACCUCCUGACCUACAGGAACCCAUAUUAAACUUUUCCCGUCUACCCAAAAGUGACAUGUGAGGAGUCCAUUAACACAAGUUAACGUUACAAGAACCAACCAACCUGGCAUGCUUAGCAAUUAACGUUGCCUUUAUUCCAAAACCUGCAGGCCUAAACCAAAGCCAAGCCUAACCUCACCCUUGACUUGGACUGCAAACUUCUCUGCCAUUACUGCAAGUUACACGGCCACAGAAAGCGCAGUGUUGGUUUUUUCUGCCAAACUGUGCUCUAGAAUUCAAGCUUACAGAGUUUGUAAUUGAUUUCUAGCACAGUGUUAUAAAUAAAGCCCUAAAAGCAUCAGCCCGAAUAGCGACUCGUGCCAAGGCUGCAGGCGGCCUUGCUGUUACGAGAGUGUGAAUCGCCUCAUUCAUUUCUCAAGUCUCCAGCAAGGCAGAGAGGAAUUAUUGAACAGAAAUGCAUUGAAAAGCUUUAUCUCAAGAGGUUUCCUGCAAGUCCAUGCGCAUGAGAAGAAUUCGGUCACGGAUCAAAGCUCGGAGCUGCCGGAUUAAGGAGCAGACGGCUUCCAAAAUGUACCAUCUUACCUACAGUGAGCCCUCCAGAGAGGAGGAGGAAAAACCCUGAGGACAGAAGGAUAUGAAAGGCACUGGAUACCGCUGGGCUCUAAUGCUAAAGCAGCAAUGAGUAAAAGAUGCCUUGGCAAUCUUCUCCUGCUGUGGGGAGAUGAGGAGGGAGCCAGAAAUGCGGCAGCGCGGGGCCUGUGCUCUGCCGUCUCAGUGCACACUCUGUGGUGCUUUGGCCUGAAAACGUGCGCUUUAGCACGGAAGAAGCGAUCCUUGUGUUCCGAGGAACCUGAUUCACCCCAAACCCACAGACUGGAGGGGGCAGGAAAAGCCACAGGUAACACUCAUAUUUUACAUGUUCGAUUUACAGACUACUCCUUAAUUACUUAAAGAUUGAUGUGCAAAGCACACUUAAAAGAUCAUGGUUAAACUAUACAAAAAAAAAAAAAAAAUCCAAGUUGGAAGCUUGUGAAAUGCAGGAAAUCUCUUCCUAUUGGGUUUUAUAAACCACGUUACAAGUAACUGUGCAGGCGGGACGCGGCAGCCCGGGCUGUGCACAGACCGGCCGUGGCGCUGGGAGCAGCUCUGCAGACGGGGGCCGAACCGCCGGACACUGACC